AUGCCCUCCGACGAAGAGGCCCAGAUCAGUACCCCGCCGCACACUCCGCCGCAUCCCGCAGCGCCAGCCGCGACGGCCCCAGCGCCAGCGGCGGUAGCAGCAACGUCCGCACCCCCGCCGCGUACCAGCACCCCAACGCUCGCCAGCCACCACCCUUCGACGGAGCCCCCAUCUCACUCGCAUCCGUCGUGUCCGAGCUGCGGCGAGGUGCCGGGCGAGUACGUCUCGCUCGCAGAGUAUCGCCGCACCAUGUCCAUUGUGCGUCUGCAGGUCUCGGUACCCAUCUCCAUUUUGGUCUCACUCGGCACAAUGCUCAUUUGCGGGGCAGUCAUUGACCCCGGUCUACGUGGCAUCAAUGUGCUCUACCCCACCCUCCUCACGCCCAACGGCAUGCUGCUGAGCGUGUACUGGGGCGCGGUCUAUGCCAUCCAGGUUGGAUUCUGUCUCCUGCUCAUCUUUGCACAGUCGGAUGACACCAAGGAUACAUUUGUCCAUGGUGUGGGGAUGAAGAUUGCCGUCUCCAACUGGCUUAUUGCAGGUUGGGCAGUGUGCUGGACCUUGCGCAUGUUCAAGACAGCCGAGAUUUGCGUCUUCAUCAAUGUCAUCACAGUCGUCUGGAUGAACAUCACCCUGCUCAAGUACCCGGCAUCUAUCAUGCACCCUCUCCGCGCCAUCUUCAUCCACGGCACGACCUCGCUCCUCCUCGCCAUCCUCUUCAACCUCACAUGGGCACACAACGGCUUUGUGGCUCUCAAGUGGGUCAUCAAGGACGAGGACCUCCUGCACAAGUGGACGUGGCAGGCCGUCGGCUGUGUCUUGGGCACCAACUUGAUUUCAGUGUUUUGGGAGAUUGGCGCUCGCCAAUACCUUUUGGCCGUCGCAAACGAGUACCUCCUCUUCACCCUCCUGUUCGCCUCGGUACGCAUCACCCCUUCGCUCCCAGAAUCGGCGCUGCCCAAGCCUGUGCCUUUGCUCGUCACCAUCAUCGUCUGCCUCGUGCUCCACCCGAUCGCUCUUGUCGGCGGAAACGCGUAUGCCAUCCACCAAGGACGCCGUGAGGGCCAGAUCCGCCUCCCCGACGACGAUGAGGAGGACCGCCAGCGCGAGGCGGAGAUUGAGGCCGAAGUGCAGGCUCGGAUUAACGCACGCGCGCGGGAGCGUCAACAAGGUCACACGCAACACUGA